AUGAUUGGAAGCUUGCUUUACCUUACAGCAAGUCGACCUGACUUAAGCUUCAGCGUUGGAGUUUGUGCCCGCUAUCAGGCCAAACCAAAACAGUCCCAUCUUCAAGCGGUGAAGAAGAUCUUGAGGUAUGUCAAGGGAACUGUCAAUCUGGGGAUCUUUUACUCCAAAGGAUCCAACAGAAAUCUUGCUGGAUAUUGUGACGCCGAUUGGGCAGGAUGCGCAGAUGAUCGGAAAAGCACAAGUGGAGGUUGUUUCUUCCUUGGGAACAAUCUUAUUGCUUGGCUUAGCAAGAAGCAGAAUUCUGUGUCACUAUCUACUGCAGAGGCUGAGUACAUUGCAUUGGGAAGCUGCUGCACACAGCUUAUAUGGAUGAGACAGAUGUCAGCCGAUUAUGGGAUGGAGUCUGGACCCUUCUUGGUCUACUGUGACAACAAAAGCGCCAUUGACAUAUCAAAGAAUCCGGUGCAGCACUCAAGGACUAAGCACAUUGACAUAAGACACCACUUUGUUCGUGAAUUGGUGGAAGAAAAACAGGUAGUACUUGAACAUGUUGUCACAGAUUUACAGCUCGCUGAUUUAUUCACAAAACCAUUGGACUUUAACCGUUUUGUCACCUUAAGAAAUUCCAUUGGAAUUUGCACAAGUGGUUUUGAAUGA